AUGCAGACCACACAGGGACAUCCUCAGGAUGAAGGAAAUAUGGAGGCUGUGGGACAUUAUGCUACCGGGUCUGACCCAUACACCAUUCUCUCCCUGGAUACAGGUUUGAAACCUAAAAGCACUUUCACACCACAUAACAUCAAUACAUCCAUUGAUUUAUUCACCAAUCUUGUGAAGAAAGAUAUGUGUAAACUUAGGAAAAAACAUCAAUACACCCAUAGUUAUCAUGGAAAAAGUAUUAAUUUUACCAAACAAGAUUGGUUGAAUAUCAAUAACUUAAAGAAAGACACAUCCAUCAUUAUCAAACCGGCAGAUAAAGGGGGAGCACUGGUGAUUAUGGAUCGUACAUACUAUGUAAAAGAAAUUGAGACCCAGUUAUUGGAUAACACAAAUUACUUACCUAUCAGUCAAGACCCUACACACAAUCUGAAACGCACACUAGAUAAACUGAACUUAUGGGCCCUUUCUAAAAAUAUUAUCUCUGAUGGAGAAUAUAAGUACAUGAACUUCAAAUACCCAAGAAUUCCGGUGUUCUAUACCCUCCCCAAAAUACAUAAGAAUCCCCUUUUUCCACCAGGCAGACCAAUAGUCAGUGGAACUGGGUCUAUAUUCCAACAUCCAGCAGAAAUACUGGAUAAAUUUUUGAUCAAAUAUGUCCCAAUGCAGAAAUCAUACCUCAAAGAUACUACUACAUUCCUCACAUUACUAGCAGAUAUACAUAUCCCACCAGGAGACUUUUGGUUGGUAACUAUGGAUGUACAGUCAUUAUACACUUCAAUUGACCAUAAUAGAGGAAUUGAGGCAGUAGAUUGGACAUUGGAUAGAGACCCGAGAUUAAUCCAACAAGAAGAGACCCGAAAAUAUAUUAGGGAAUUACUUACUUUCAUUUUGACUGAGAAUUACUUUCUGUUUGGUGAUAA